UGCGCGCCGCACGUGCUCAGCACCAACAGUCGGCUGCUUCUGUGUCGGGGGUGUGGAGGCCUAUUAUGUGGAGGAUGCAGCGGGUGUGUGAUGUUUUUGCAGCUCGUCUCUGGAGGAAGUUACAUCGAUGGACUUCAUGGACAGGACACUCUCCGUUGCGUUUCUUAUCUCGGUUGCCAGUGUUCUCUGUGGAAGACCAGGAGUUCUCUCUGUUCCAGUUCAGGUGCAGGUGGAGUUCGGACUUUUCCCCUUGAGCCCGAAAGCCAGCCGAUACACACUCAAACGGGAAGGCAUGGAGCUUGCCAGUGUUGAGGCGUCCUCCUGUGUGCGUGCGUGUGUGCUGCGGACGACCAUGCAGGAGUCUGCGGUGGCCGUGGCUCCUCCUCCUCAUCCGCCCCCCAUCCCUCUGGAGCUCCAGGCCUUCACUCAGACGCAGCUGCUCCACACCACCACGGCCUUCUCCAUCAGCCUCAUAAACAGUUCCAUGUUGAAGGGAUCCACCUCGUCCACAGGUGCUGUCCUCACCUGGCCAUCAGUGGGACCAGACCACAGGUUGUCUGUGUGUGUGUCGGAUAAGUGUUGGCCACCAUCUCACACAGACGCAAGCACACAUACCUACCAGCUCCCCGGGUUGCGGCCUGCCAUGGCAUACGCUAUCACAGUGGAGCAGGAGACUCAGAUUAGACACCUUGGUAUUGCUGUUCUGCAGAAGUUGCAGCUGAUCAUAGAAACAGCCCAGUGCCCAUUGGGUUGGCUCGCUGUGGGAUGGAGCUGUUUCCGAGUGUGGCAGGGUGUGCACGUGUGGUCGGGGGCCCAUCAGGCAUGUGCAGGGGCAGCCCCAGGGGUCCAUCUGGCAGACAUACACACGGAGGCGGAGCUGCAGGUGAUCUCCGCCCACCUCCUGUCCCAUAGCCACCUGCUGCUGCUGUGGACCGCCCUCAAUGACCUGCAGGUAGAAGGGUUGCUGAAGUGGUCGGAUGGAUCCCCUUAUAACCUGUCAGCCCCUGUGAUGUCACUUCUCUCAGCCAAUGAAACGGACUGUUUUGCACUUCAGAGGAACGCCACUGGCCCAAGCUACUUCCUGACAUCUUUUUUCUGUGACAUGGCCCUUCCAUACCUCUGCCAUGCUGAACUGUUGCCCACCCCUGUGUCCGGCCUGCAUCUCGUGGAGGUGGGGGAGACGUCUGCUGUCCUCCGCUGGGACGCCGGCGCUGCUGCUGACUCAGCGAAAAUGCCCAGCGGCUCCAAGCUCUCCCUGCACCAGCAGCACUAUAACAACCACGACUCAGCAGAUUCCACCGCUGCAGACCACUGGCUCCCACACACACCUGCUGUACACUCGGACACAAACACACACACAAACAUUGCCUCAGUGGCGGCCAUAGACACUGCCUCAGACACACCAAUAGACACAUCCUCACACACGUCGUCUAUACACCCUGGCUUGAGGCCGCGGGGUACACCCAUACACACUGGCUUGGGACCGCGGGGUAAUGUGACUGUGGUGGGCCUGGCCCCUGGGCACCUGUACCGCUUCUCUCUGAGGGCCACAUACCCCUCUGGGGCCUCGCAGACCCUGGGCCCCCUGCUGGAUGUCUAUACUAGGCCCAACCCACCACGGAACAUCACAGCCGGAACCGUAACAGCCAAUCACAUUUCCCUACGCUGGGUUACGCUAGAUUCCUCCCAGAACGCUCGCUACCAGCAGUACACCGUGCGGUGGUGGGAGGCGGGGUCAGGCGAGAGGCGGAGCUUAAGGGUAGACGGAAAUGAAACAGGUGCUGCGAUUGGUGGACUCCUGGCCUAUCAGGAGUACAGGAUCAGUGUGGUAUCCGUCACAGCACAAGGAGUGGAGAGCUGUGAGCUUCCCCCUAUCACCGUAGUAACAGUGUCCAUCAGUGAGCUGGGUAGGACCACGCUGAGGGUGUGCUGGGAAGCCCCAUCAGGCCAGGUGCAUGAUGGGUACUUGCUGGCUCUGAGGCCGCUGUCCCAGCAGAGCCCCCGCCGGGAACUCUGGGUAAACAACUCCCUGUGCACCACACUGAGCAUGCUCAGACCGGGGGAGACGUAUGAAGUGGGCGUGGCCAGAGUGAGGGACCAGGCCAGGAGUGAGGAGACGACUGGACAACACACCCUGAUGUCAGAGGGUGUUCAGUUUGCCAUGCUGCAGUUGUUAUUCACCAACUCCGUGGACCUAUACCUGCCGCCUGCCAGCGUCUACGACGGUGUACUGGUCAGCCACGCCCACAACACCUCUUGGAGCCCCGUCGCCAGGGGAGACGACAAGGUCACCGUGGGCAACCUGAGCCCCGGGUCCGAGUACGACCUCACCUUGUUCGUCACCAGUGGGGGGAGGGGCAGUGACGGCUACCGUGUGCCCCAUGCCAAAACAUGCCUAGCUAGUCCUAGGCGUGUGCGUGAGGGCAGGGUGACGGACAGAGCCAUAGAGAUCCUAUGGGAGCCUGCCGAGGGCCAAACACACACAUACGAAGCCAUGUGCCUGGACUGCACUGCCACCGUCAUGGUGCAGAAGGUGGUUGAGCAGAGAGCUGUGUUCAGCGGCUUCACCCCAGGUCAAGUCUUCAACUUCUCUGUGCGCUCUGAGAAGGAGUCUUACAAGGACAGUCCACCUGUCUUCCUCGCUGUCAGAGCAGCACCCAGUGCCAUAGUGCUGCUGCUGCCGCAGGAUAGGACGACGUCAGCCAUCACGGUCAGCUGGAGGGAGGGGCCAGGGCUGUGCGAUGGCUUCCUGUUGUCAAUCAGCAACGUGACCUUUCACCUCCUGAAGAUGCAGAACAUCUCCGAGCCGAGAGUGCAUUGCUUUGAUGACCUUUCACCUGGAAGUGAUUACCUCAUAGAGGUGACGAGCCUGAGUGGGGGGAAGAAGAGCGAUGCCACCUCUGUCACCGUCCACACAGUCCCAGUGCCCCCACAGGAAGUCUUCUUCAUUGAACAGGAAGUCAGCUCCAUGUAUGUCAGGUGGACACCGCCGCCAGGCCGAGCUGAGGGAUUCUGGGUUCAGUAUGUGCUGAUGCCUGGUUCUGGUUCUGGUGCGUCAGUACCGCGUGAUGCCCGUGUCCAUGGCAGCAGCAGCAUCAGCCUGAGGGACCUCUCACCAGGAAGCGACUAUGAGCUCAGCAUCAGGACCAUACUGGGGCAGGACAUCAGUGAUGCUCACUCAACACACUUUAGCACUCUCAAGUUGUCAUGGCAACGUGGCAGGGGUCACUACGACUUCCUCCGAGUGGCGCUCAGCAACCUCACGGCAUCCUGGGAGCUGCGCGUGGGGGGGUCGGGGUCGGGGUCGGGGUCAAGGUCAGUAGAAGGUCAGGAGGUCGUGGUGGGGGGGCUGAGAAAUGGCUGCCCCUAUAAUGCCACACUGCAGAGGAUCAGGGGAGAACUGAUGGGCCAGCCCACUACGCUGAACAUACACACAGAGCCACUGAGCCCUGCGGGUGUGUAUGUGAGCAGUGUGUGGGAGCACGGCUUCUCUAUCCACUGGGAGGAGGCAGACGGGUGUGUAGAGCAAUACCAGCUGAGGCUCUCACCUGACCACGGCACCAGCAACAUCACACACACACAGGCGGACGUUGGCGGCCUGACUCCCAGCACGUCAUAUACUGUGACCCUGAAUGCAGUGUCCCCCUCAGCCAACAGCGCCCCAGUCAGUCGCAUCAUCAACACCAACGCCACUGCCCCAUCUGCCCCAAAUGAACUGGAGGGGGAGCGGGUGGGCUCCACUGGAAUCCUCCUGUCAUGGCGGACCCCGUUAGACGACACCGUCCAAUCGUUUGUCAUCCAGUACAAACAGGUGUGUCCUCACCCUGACCCCGCCUUCUCGGAACUCAUCCUCAAUCUGCACAUCCCAGAGUUCCUCCUCAACACCCUCGUACCCGGGGCCACGUAUAACAUCAAGGUGGGCGCUGAGAACAGAGACGGAGUCCGAUCCUUCAGCAAAUCCCUCUUCAUCAAGACGGCUGAGGCCCCCCCUGGUCUGGUGACAAAUCUGACGGCGGUCCCAGAGAACCACACCUUCGUCAAGGUGACCUGGUACCUGCCCAAGCGCAUCAACGGCCUCAUCACCAAGUUUGCGGUGAAGGCCAAGCACGCGCGCACCGGCCAGACCGUGGAGAUGCUGGAGGUCAACGCAGAGGACAUCAUGACCGGAGCCCUGCCUCACUGCAAUGACGCGGCGGACAUCUUGUCCCGUGGCACGCCCAGCCCGGAGGAGUUCACGUCCGCCUCGGCGCCCCCGGUGACGUUGUCGGCCGUGCCCCCCGCCUCCUCGUGGGCCGUGCCCAUCAGCGUUGGCAUGGCCAGCCUGCGCCCGUACACCGCCUACGUCUUCGAAGUCUCCGCGUUCACCAGUGACGGAGAGGGACAGAUCGCCAGCACCAUGACCCGCACGCCUGAGUCAGCUCCUGAAGGCCCCCCUGAGAACCUGGUGGUGGGCAAUGUGACGUCCCAGUCGGCCUCUCUCUCCUGGGAGCCCCCCGCCGUCCUCACCGGCCGCUUCAGCUAUGUCCUGGAGCUCUACGGCCCCACAGGUUUGGUGUUUGAGAACAGCACGGGGGAUCUGAAGUUUGUGUACUCUGGGCUGGUGCCGUACACAGCCUACAUCAUCAGGGUCAGAGCCAAGGUGGCCGGAGGGCCGGACGCUCUGGGGCCUGACGCCGAGACCUACAUACGCACCACAGCUGAGGCUCCAAGUGCGGUGUCUGAGUUGACUGCGGAGGCUGUGGACUCCACGUCUGUGCGUUUGUUUUGGAGAACGCCCACCCAGCCAAACGGACCAAUCACGCGCUACCGCAUACGUGUCCUCUACAGCAACCUCACUGUACAGGACAUCACACUGCAUGGCUUGAUGGGGAGCGGCAACUGGACUGACGAUAACGAUGACGAUGACGGUAUGUCACUCGGCCGCAGCCACAGCCGCAGUCGCCACCGCUACAGGCGCUACGGGCGCUACGGGCGCUCAGCUGACCUCACCACGCCGAGCCCGGUGUCCAUGUUCACGCUGUCCGCCCUGCCCCCGCACCUCCGCACGGCCGCCCAGCAGAGCCACGUCACCGGCCUGACCAGCAGCGCCACUGCUGACCAGCUGACACACGGCAACAACCUUGACCCUGACCUUGACCCCGCUGACCCCACUAACACCCCCACGCUCACGCCUGCACUGUCUCUCACCACCGCCGCCCCCCCUCUGCACACCGCCCUCCCCUGGCUCAGCUUCACCCCCGACAGCAACAGCACUGACAGCAGCAACAACAACACUGCCACCGAUGAGCCCGUAACCAUGCCGAUGCCCUCUGACCUCCCGGCUUUGACCUGGGGCACUGACGAGCAGCCUCGCGUGUCUGAUGCCACGGCUUCGGGUCACACGCUGCACACUCGGGCUGCCACGCGCGUAGCUGCCACCACGGGGGGCAUAGAAGGUAACAACGCAGCUGCCACCACGGGGGGCAUAGAAGUUCUGCCGGCCAGUGAGGAGGUGGUGGACCUGUCUGACGAGAUGCUGUACGUGGUGGGAAGCCUGCGGCCCUUCACAGAGUACUCCUUCAGUGUGUCCGCGUACACGCCAGUAGGGCAGGGGCCCGAAGCACACAUCUCAGAGACCACCAGAGAACAGGUGCCCAGCUCGGUGCAGGAAGUAGCCUAUCAGAACAUCAGCUCCACCUCCAUCCUGGUCACAUGGUCUCCGCCGCUCAGCCCCAAUGGCCAGAUCACGCACUACACCGCCUACCUGCUGAACCUGGAGACCCAGAAGAGCCAAGCAUACACCGCAGCCAACACCAGCGCACUCAUUACAGAUCUGGAGAAGUACACUAGCUAUACGCUGCGUGUGACAGCCUCUACCAUGGUGGGAGAGAGCCCUGUAUCAGAGGAAGACCACGUCUACGUCAAAACACUGGAGGACGAGCCCGACUCGCCUCCUCGAGACCUGGUGCUGAUGGACGCCACAUCCUCCACGGUGACCGUAUCCUGGCAACCGCCAGACCGGCCCAACGGCAUCAUCCGGCAGUACGAGGUCUCCUACGGCAACGGCUCCUUCCUGCACGCCCUCAACACCUCCGGCCUGAGCCUCACCCUGCGGCAGCUGCGGCCGUACACCCUCUACAACGUCACCGUGCGCGCCUACACACACCUGGGGCACGGGGAGCAGGAGUCAGACACCCUGGAGAUACUCUCAGGGGAGGACGUGCCUGGAAGUCCUCCGUACGGCCUGUCCUACGAGAGCUUGAGCCCCAGCGAGGUGAACGUGUCCUGGGCCGCCCCCCUGCACCCCAACGGCCUCAUCCUGCAGUACCACGUGGAGCUGUGGAACGCCACGCACACGCUCAACCUGAGCACGCCCGAGCCUCACCUGCUGAUCACGCACCUGCGCAAGUACGCGCGCUACCGUCUCGCUGUGCAGGCGGCCACGCGCAUGGGCACCGGAAACCACUACAGCGAAAUACUCAACAUCACCACACUCGAGGACGUGCCCAGCUCUCCUCCCCAGUCCCUGCUGGCCCUGCGCCUGUCGGACAGCGAGGUGCUGCUCAGCUGGGCGGCUCCGGAAGAGGCUAACUCCGAGAUACUCUACUACGUGGUACGCGUCUGGAACCUGAGCCAUGAGUUUGUGCAGAAUGUGACGGGGACGUCAAUCGUGGUGACAGUGGACACUGAGGACCUGUACAACGCCUCAGUGUCUAGCUGGACAAGACUAGUGCCCUCUGACCCCCCUCAGAAUGUCAGCAUCAGUGAUGUCACACGGAACUCCUUCAAUGUCAGCUGGCUACCGCCCACCCAGCCCAAUGGCAUAUUGAUGCACUAUACAAUAUACUACAGUGACAACAACACCGUUAACAUGCAGCGUGUACCUGUGCCCAUGUCCUGGUGGGUGGUGUCUGAGGGCGUGUCUGUGGGUGUGGCCUAUACUGUAUGGCUCACCUCCAGCACAGCAGCUGGGGACGGGGGCGUGGCCAGCCCGCCAAUCAACAUCACCACACUGGAGGACGUGCCCAGUGGUCCGAUCCACAACCUGUCCUCCACAACCCACGGCUCCACAGCCCUCGUCAUCACCUGGGACCCGCCCCUGGAGCCCAAUGGGCAGGUCUUCUACCUGCUCAGCCUAUCAGAGGCCGGCACCACCCACCCCUCCUUCAACCGCACCGCCAACCGCACCAUCACCAAGACCACCACCGACACCAUCUUCCUCUUCACCAAGCUGCGCAAGUACUUCCCCUACGUCUUCACCGUCACCCCGGCGACAGGGGCCGGACCCGCCCUCAACCACACCAGCGUCAUGCACGUCAGGACGGACGAGGAUGUCCCCAGCUCCCCGCCUCUCCCCGCCUCCAGCCGUAACCUGUCCUUCUCCUCCAUCUACGUGCGGUGGGCGGAGCCGGCCGAGCCCAACGGUGACAUCAUCGAAUACGUGGCGGUGCUGCAGGGGGCGGGGCUCCACAACACCACCUACACCCCCCACACACACCUGACGCUGACGCACCUCACGCCCUACACGCCUUACAACCUCUCAGUGGCCGCCAUCAACAGCAAGGGCAUGGGGCCCUCCCUGCUGCUCGCCCUGCACACCGACGAGGCAGGUCCCAUGUCGCCUCCCCUCUCCCUGGAGAUCUUCAACCACACGUCGGACUCGGUGUGGCUGCGCUGGGAGGCCAGUCUGGAGCCCAACGGCCAAGUGCAGCACUACGGCUUCAGGAUACUCGACCUCAACACACACACACUACGCUUCCAGAAUUCCACUGGGCCAGGUACAGAGGCGGAGCUCCUGGGGUUCCGCCCCCACAGGAUGUAUGAGAUCAGUGUCUGCACCUACACCAGGGCAGGCAAUGGAGACCUAUACAGCGACCCGGUCAUAUUCACUACUAAUGAAUCAGUGGCGGACGCGGUGUUUAGCCUCUCCUGCUCGGGCGUGGGCUGGGAUUCCGUGCUGAUGCGGUGGGAGCCGCCAGCCAAUCCCAACGGAGAGAUCCAGCACUACCUCGUCCAAUCACUGAGCACCAGAGAGGAGGUGGUGCCCUCCGAGACGGACAUGGACUCCGCCUCCGCCAUCGCGCACACCGUGAGCGGCCUGUGGCCCAACACACUCUACAACAUCAGUGUGAGCGCAGUCAACUCAGCCGGGCCCGGGGAGUGGAGCAACUGCACAGCCUACACACACCAAGAGACAGCCCCCGGUCCUCCAGUGGGCCUGCGCGUGUCCGAGGUGCAGCCCAGCUCGGUCACCCUCCUGUGGGCCCCUCCGGCGUCGCUGCCUGGGCGCCUCCUGGGCUACCGGCUGGUGGUACAGCUGCUGCUGAGGGGAUGCCAUGAGCACCAGGGCCAGGGGAGCGGGGCGGCACCACCCCAGCCCCAGCCCCAGCCGGGUGCCUCUUGCCUGGACACAGAGGUGGUGGUCAACGCCACAGUCAUGGGGGUCAACGCCACCGGCGAGAACGAGACGCUGAGGCUGCACCCGCUGCGUAAAUUCAGGGAGUACCGCUUCAGCCUGGCAGCCUACACAGGAGCGGGCAUGGGGCCGGAUACGGAGUGGGUCUACACACACACACUGGCAGGAGACCCUGAGUUUCCACCCCGUGCUGUUAACGUGUCCUCCACCUCCUCUGAACUCACCAUCCAAUGGGAGCCCCCGAAAGUCAUCACAGGCCCCACCUCCUACCUCGUACACAUCAGCGCGAUGGAUGGUUCUGGCCUGAACUGGACGGUGUUGCGGCGUCCAGAGGAUGCUCGUGUGGUUGUCCACGGCAACCUGUCCUCCUCCACCCUCUACUGGGUUACCGUGACGGCCUUCACAGGGGAGCAGAGCCUGGCGCAGCAGAAUGGCAAAGCAUCAGCACCUGAAAAGAUCACCACUAAAGCCAGGGAGCCAAAGGACCCACCUAAGGACGUGAGUCUGAUCCGGGACCCGGGGGAGGUGACGCGCGUGCGUGUGAUGUUCUCUCCCCCGGAGAAUCACCAUGGCAACAUAAGCACCUACCGCAUCAGCGUGUACCGCGACGGGGAGCUGGACUUCCACAUCGAGCAUCUCACGGCCACAGCGCACCCCAACCACUCACUCAGCGUGGACAUAGAGGGACUCAAGGGAGGACAAAACUACAGCAUACGGAUCGCUGCAGUGAAUGAAGCGGGAGCAGGGCCCAGCUCUGAAGUCCUGCUGGAGACCGGAAUUAAACCCCCUGCGCGGCCCACGCGGAGACCCCAGGUGGCGCUGGACCAGGGAGGGGUUGUCAGGGUAACCUCCAGGAGCAUCUUCAUCCAGAUGCCAAACUGCUUCUUCAGCGACAGCAACGGCCCUAUAGACAGAGUGCAGGUCAUCGUCUCAGAGUCAGCAGUGAUGGACUACAAGAACCUGAGCAGCUGGAGGAAGGCCUUCUAUGAGCAGCCGGGGCCCUAUGUGACGGACCAGGGCUUCCUCAACCCCCCCUGCCUACAGGACCAGGCUCGGCUGGCCCCUAUACCCCACGCCCGCACCUCGGCCCAGGAGGAGGCUCGGCCACCACCUCCUGAGGAGGAUGCCCAGUUAGCCCCCAGCAUCCCCACGCCCCCUGAGGAGGAGGCACGGCUGCCCCCUAACACCUACGCCCACACACACACCUAUGGCAUCGGGAUGGACGAUGGCUGCCUCAACACCGACGCAGACAUGCACUGCAAUGGGCCUCUCAAACCCAAGACCUUUUAUGUGUUUAAAUUCCGGGCGACCAACACUCGGGGGCAGUACACGGACUCAGAGUAUUCCGAACGAGUGCAGACCGCAGAUACUAAUCUGCUGACGCGGGAUGAGCAGAUUAUUUUGGGUGUGCUGCUGUCCUUCUUCCUGGCUGUGUUCCUCAUACUCCUCAUCUACGCCUCUGUACGUAUCCAUCAGAAGAAGUUGGAUGAGGACACGUACUCACCAAGGGAGGCGGAGAUUAUCGACACCAAGUUCAAGCUGGACCAGCUGAUUGCCGUGGCAGACCUGGAAGUCAAGGAGGAGAAGAUCAACCGAUAUUCAUCCUUCUUCUUCCGACGAAAGGAGAUUUUUGUCAUCCAGCUUCUCAGUUAUAGAAAGUCUCUCAAACCGGUCAACAAGAAGGACUUUGAACAGCAUGUGGAGGAUCUGUGCGCCAACGACCACGCCAAGUUCCAGGAAGAGUUCUCAGAGCUCCCGAAGCUGCUGCCAGACCUGGCUACAUCAGACGCAGACCUGCCCUGGAAUCGCGCUAAAAACCGCUUCUCCAACAUUAAGCCCUACAACAAUAACCGGGUGAAGCUGCUGUCAGAGCCAGGCAUAGCUGGAUCCGACUACAUCAAUGCCAGCUUCGUCUCGGGGUACCUGUGUCCAAAUGAGUUCAUCGCUACGCAAGGUCCUCUGCCAGGCACCGUCUCAGAUUUCUGGAGGAUGAUCCUGGAAACCCGGACCAAGACCAUCGCCAUGCUCACACAGUGCUUCGAGAAGGGACGGAUUCGCUGUCACCAGUACUGGCCAGAGGACAGUAAACCCAUGACGGUGUUUGGCCACAUCAUCAUCACCAAACUGGACGAAAAAGUUACUCCCGACUGGAUCGUCAGAGUGCUGAGGGUGGAGAGGCAUGGUGAGUACAUGGUGGUGCACCACUUCAACUACACCUCGUGGCCGGAGCACGGCGUUCCCGAGUCCAGCACCACCCUCAUCCAGUUCGUCAAGUCCGUACGCUCCAGCCGGGCACACGACAACACCACCAUUGUAGUGCACUGCAGUGCUGGCGUGGGGAGGACGGGCGUGUUUAUCGCUCUGGAUCACCUGAUUCAGCAUGUGCGGGAUCAUGACUUUGUGGACAUCUACGGCCUGGUGGCGGAGCUACGCAGCGAGAGGAUGUGUAUGGUGCAGAAUCUGGCCCAGUACAUGUUCCUGCAUCAGAGCACUCUGUACCUGCUGUCCAGCAAAGGCAACAGCCAGUCCAUCUGGUUCGUCAACUACUCCGCGCUGGAGAAGAUGGACUCUCUGGACGCCAUGGAAGGUGACGUGGAGCUGGAGUGGGAGGAGACAACUAUGUGAUUGGCAGAUUGGCAAAGGACUGUGAUUGGCAGAUUAGUACAAGUGAGGCCUGUGAGACCACGCAGAUGACACUUUGCUACACGAAGGGGAAAAGUACUGCAUGGAGAAUAAACUACGGUACUGCUGCACACCUGACUCUACUGAAGAGGCUGAAUGUGAGAGCACACGCAACUACAGACAGACAGACAGACAGACAGACACACCAGGACUUGCAGUACAGAAGGGGCCAAAGACAACAGCAAAGAAGCAAUCACACAAUGCACCAUCAUGAAGUGUACACACAAACACACAUCGUAGCCGUACAUGUGCAUGUACCUACA